AUGAGCCCGGGUCAGCGAGAGAGACAACCAUCCGACUACCAUACUCCGGCUGUUGAGCACUGGUGCGAUGUCGUCUGGCUAACCUGGCAAGAGCUUAGUGCUCCGAACCUGACCAGUCAAUUGAGGUACAUCCUGCCGCUGAACAUUGUAACGACAGCGACUAUCGGCAUCAUUGAGCAAGCCGCAGGCUUCGAGACUGGUGAGUGGCCAGACAGAACGUGGCUGCCGGACGAUGAUGAGUUCGCUGCACUCAUGGGCGCAGCUCAUGGGAAGGGUGUGGCUCGUUUUGGGUGCCAGCACAAGGAGGUUCUAGGUGGGAAUUAG